AUGAUCGAGACUUACAUCAGCAUUGCAUUCUGGCUGUCCAGCCUGUUGACAGUCAUCAUCUUACUUCUCCCGUCGCAGUAUGGCUCUCAAGCGGCCCAGAAAGACAGUACGAGUGCGCGCGACAAAUCCAAGGUCUCUGUGCAGAUCCUUGUUCUGGGAGACAUUGGUCGCAGCCCGCGAAUGCAGUACCAUGCUCUGAGCAUUGCGCGACGAGGCGGCUAUGUAGAUCUUAUCGGGUAUCAUGAGUCCGAUCCACACCCAGAUAUCAUAUCCAACGAGAGAAUAUCCAUCGUCCCUCUCCCUCCGCACCCUGCCUUCCUACAAACAAGCAACAAACUUCUUUUCCUCCUCUUUGGACCCUUGAAGGUCCUGUUCCAGAUCGCCUCCUUAUGGAGCUGUCUCGCAUAUCGCACAAAGCCAGCCAAAUGGCUGCUGGUCCAGAACCCUCCUUCCAUUCCGACCCUCGCGAUCGCCUCUCUUGUCUGCUUUCUCAGACGCACCAAUCUAGUCAUCGACUGGCACAAUUUCGGGUACUCAAUCCUCGCAUUGAAACUGGGCGAAAACCACCCUCUAGUGAAGAUAUCAAAGUGGUAUGAAAAGACUUUUUGCUCCACUGCAACGGCACACCUUUGUGUGACCAGGGCAAUGGCCUGUGUCUUAAAGUCCCAAUUCCCAAUCAAGGCCUCUAUUUUGCCUCUUCAUGAUAGGCCUGCCAACCAUUUGAAGCCCAUUUUGGAUGACGAGGAACGGUUAAAGUUCCUUGUCUCCUUGCCGGAGUCAGCCACGGUCAGGUCCUUAUUGGAGGCCGGAGAUGUUCGCGUUCUCGUCAGCUCAACGUCCUGGACGGCUGAUGAGGAUUUUUCUGUCUUCAUUGAUGCUCUCUGUCGAUAUUCAGAGAUUGCUUCCACCAGCAAACCGUCUCUCCCAAAGAUUUUGGCCAUUAUUACUGGCAAAGGGCCCCAAAAAGAAAUGUAUCUGAAGGAAAUCUCUGACCGAGAGAAGGCCGGUAAACUCCAAAAGGUGACCAUUAGGACAGCUUGGCUUAGCACCCAUGACUAUGCCAGGCUUCUCGGUUCCGCGUCGCUGGGCGUGAGCCUGCACACCAGCAGCAGCGGCGUGGAUCUGCCAAUGAAGGUUGUGGACAUGUUCGGGGCCGGUCUCCCAGUGGUCGGAUGGAAUCGUUUCGAGGCGUGGCCCGAACUUGUCACUGAAGGUGUGAACGGACGAGGAUUCGGGAGCUCGCAGGAGCUGGCCGACCAUUUAGUUGACCUGUUUGGCAACCCGGCCGAACUCGAGAAGCUUCGUGCUGGUGCUCAAAAGGAGAGCUCUCAUCGCUGGGAUCAAGAAUGGGAUCCAGUCGCGGGUAAGCUCUUGGGACUUGUAGAAGCCUGA